GCAAGUGCAGAACUGCGCUGUGUGCACACACACAACCCCCGUUCUCCCUUGUAGGCUGCGCACAUACAUGUUUUUUACAUGAAGAGAGGGGAGAAACCCGAAGGAUACCGUCAGAUGCGACCCAAGACCUUCCCCACCAGCAACUACAGCGGCAACAGCGAGCACAUGCUCCAGGAGAUCCGGGAGAGCCUCCGCAACCUCCCCCGGCCCUCAGAUGGCAUGAAGGUGGAGAUGGGGGCGGCCGCCAAGGUGCUCCCCGACGACCCGCGGCAGCAGGGGCGCAGCGGGGGCAACCCCAAGAACCCCUACUACAAGGCGCUGCAGGAGAUCAAGAAGUCCCUCAUGCCCUUCGCCAACGAGCCCUCAGCCGAGGUCAACAAGCACAUGAAGCAGGAGCUUAUGCGCGCUGGCCUUGACGAGGAGAUGGCGGUGCGAGCCCUAAAGCAGACCAACAGCCGCAGCAUCGAGGCGGCCGUGGAGUACAUCAGCAAGAUGAGCUACCUGGAGCCCUCCAUGCAGCAGAUGGUCACCGCAGCCGCCACCGCCACCGCCACCGCGUGGCCCAGCAACGCAGCCAUCAAGCCACCAGGUGGGGGGCACAUCCAGCAGCCGGUGCUGCGCAAGCCGAGCUGGAAGGGCUCCAAGGAGUCGCUGGUGCCCCAGCGUCACGGUCCCAUGAUGGCCCCCCCGGCCGACGCCAUGCUGUACCGCUCCAGCAGCCCCGGCCCCCACGGCGACCUGCCGGGCCGCCAGCCGCCCCCAGCCUUCCCCCAGGGUGCCGGGCAGCCCCGUGUCAACCCGCCCGCGCAGCAGAGAGUCACCCCGCCUCCCAACCGGAACGCCACGCCGCCCCCCUCCUCCUGGGACGCCAACCCCCAGACCAAGCGCUUCUCGGGGAACAUGGACUUCUUGGUGCCGCGUAUCUCGCCGGUGCCCCAGGGCGGCUGGUCUGACGGCUACUCCUCGGCGGGGGUGGGGGUGCCGUCGUCUCAGAGCCAGGGCCGCGGCAUCAGCCCGGUGCCCCCGGGCCGGCAGCCCAUCAUUAUGCCCCCGUCAGCGGGCAACAAAUUCACCUUCCCCCCUGCCUGCUGGCCGCAGAACGGCGCUCCGCAGCAGCCUGACUACAUGGGGCAUCAGAACAUGGGCAUGGGCGGUGGGGGUGGUAACAGCAGUCGACAGCCCCCUCCCCCUUAUCCCAUGAACCAGAGCAACAGGCAGAGUCCCACGGCGUUGCAGAUGCAGGCUAGCGGGGGACCUGCGCCCUCCCCCCCGUACGUCAACGGCGCCAAUAUCCCCCAGUCCAUGCUGGUCAGCAACCGCAACAGUCACAAUCUGGAGAUGUACAACCUGGGCAUGCCGCAGUCCUGGGGGCAGUCUUCCCACAGCGCAGCCCAGCAGCAGCAGGUCUCGUCUGGGCCCGGCGGUCAACCGGACCAGUGGCCUCACAGCGGACACGCGCUCCCUGUGCGCUCCAAUUCCUUCAACAACCCGCCGCAGGUGAGUGGUGGGCGUCAGCCGGGCGGUGCCCCCCUGCAGCCCUCCAGCUCGCAGCCCUCGGCCACCACCGUCACGGCCAUCACGCAGGCGCCCAUCCUGCAGCCGGUCAAGAGCAUGCGCGUGCAGAAGCCCGAGCUGCACACGGCCGUGGCGCCCACACACCCACCCUGGAUGCAGCAGCCGCAGCCCCCGCCGCCCCAGCCCCAGCAACCCCUGCAGCAGCCCCCAGCGCCGCCCCCCAGCCCGUACCAGGACCCCCUGCCACAACCGCCCCCGUCAGCCUCCUCCACCUCCAGCGCUCCCUCGGGCCCCGCGCAGAUGGCCAUGGUGGUUGCGGAGGUGCCCAGCUACCAGGGGCCGCCUCCGCCGUACCCCAAGCACCUUCUCCAGCAGCAGCAGCCUUCAGGCCCGUGCCCAGCGUACGAGCCCUCCUCUAGGCCUGGCGAUGACGCGGGGACAGGGGACGACGAGCAGUGUAGCAGCAGCAGCUCUGUGGAGAGGGAGAGGGACAGGGAGACGGGCGAGGCGAGUGGCUCCGCUGGCACCGCUGGCGGCGGCGAGGGCGAGAGGAAGCAGAUCACCACGUCGCCGGUGCCCGUGCGGCGUAACAACCGGCGAGGCGACGAGGAGCGUGGGCGCGGGGGCGAGGCGCGCGUGCCCAUCUACUCGCCGCAGGCCUUCAAGUUCUUCAUGGAGCAGCACAUGGAGAACAUCCUGAAGAACUACCAGAUGAGGAUACGACGCAAGAAGCAGCUGGAGAGCGAGAUGCAGCGGGUGGGGCUGUCGGGAGAGGCGCAGGAGCAGAUGCGCAUGAUGCUGAGCCAGAAGGAGUCCAACUACAUCCGUCUGAAGAGGGCCAAGAUGGACAAGGCCAUGUUCGUCAAGAUCAAGACGCUGGGCGUGGGUGCCUUUGGGGAGGUGUGUCUGGCACGCAAAGUGGACACCGGCGCCCUCUACGCCAUGAAGACGCUACGCAAGAAGGACGUGCUGCUGCGAAACCAGGUGGCCCACGUGAAGGCGGAGCGCGACAUCCUGGCGGAGGCGGACAACGAGUGGGUGGUGCGUCUGUACUACUCCUUCCAGGACCGCGACAGCCUGUACUUCGUCAUGGAGUACAUCCCCGGCGGAGACAUGAUGAGCCUGCUGAUCCGGCUGGGCAUCUUCGAGGAGGAGCUGGCGCGCUUCUACAUCGCUGAGCUCAGCUGCGCCGUGGAGAGCGUGCACAAGAUGGGCUUCAUCCACCGCGACAUCAAGCCCGACAACAUCCUCAUCGACCGCGACGGACACAUCAAGCUCACCGACUUCGGCCUGUGCACAGGCUUCCGCUGGACGCAUGACUCCAAGUACUACCAGAGCGGUGACCACGUGCGGCAGGACAGCAUGGACUUCAGUAAAGAGUGGGAGGACUCUGCCAACUGUCGCUGUGGCGACCGGCUGAAGCCCCUGGAGCGCCGCGCAGCACGCCAGCACCAGCGCUGCCUGGCACACUCGCUGGUCGGCACGCCCAACUACAUCGCCCCCGAGGUGUUGCUGCGCACCGGCUACACCCAGCUGUGUGACUGGUGGAGUGUGGGGGUGAUCCUGUAUGAGAUGCUGGUUGGGCAGCCUCCUUUCCUGGCCACCACCCCUCUGGAGACUCAGGUCAAGGUGAUCAACUGGCAGACCGCGCUGCACAUCCCCCCGCAGGCCAAGCUGAGCCCUGAGGCCUCGGACCUGAUCGUCAAGCUGUGCCGCGGGCCCGAGGACCGGCUGGGCAAGAAUGGCGCCGACGAGAUCAAGGCCCAGCCUUUCUUCCGCUCGGUGGACUUCAGCACGGACCUACGGCAGCAGCAGCAGCCGGCGCCCUACGUGCCCAAGAUCACCCACAGCACCGACACCUCCAACUUUGACCCCGUCGACCCCGACAAGCUGUGGAGCAGCAACGGCGACCAGGGCACCGACGCUGACGGAAACCCCAACGACGACACGCUCAGCAUCUGGUUCCGCAACGGCAAGCACCCCGAGCACGCCUUCUACGAGUUCACCUUCCGCCGGUUCUUCGACGACAACGGACACCCGUACAGCUGCCCCAAGCCCAUCGAGUACCAGGAGGAGGAGGGCUACGAGGGGGAGGAGGGGGAGCAGGAGGCCUCGGGGGCACUCUCGGGGGCAGGAGGCCAGGGAACGCCGGGGAGGGAUCUGGUGUACGUGUAAGAUGGGGCUGCUGGCUUUGCAAUGUGUUUUUCCAACUAACAUUAGUUUCUCAUGUUAUGUUCUCUCCCUCACUCCCAUUCUGGACAGGAAGGCUGAGAAUCCUGGCAGAGGUUUGCGGGGGCAGGCUGUAGUGUAUAGGGGAGAUGGGUUUGUCAAGCUUCAUCAUCUCCUUGCCCCCCUCCUCUAUGCUGUGUAUGGACCUUUCUAGAACACGUCACUACACCUGCAAGGAGAAGGAAGUGGAAGAAUAGGCAGGACUGUGUAUAUUUUUUUUCUUUUUUUCCUCCCGUCAUAUUUUUUACUACUUCAUUGUAAUUUUGUACAAUUUUUAAACCUGUAUGGUUGUAAUGGGAACUGUUCUUAAGGAACAGAUAUUGUAGGGAGGGGGAAAUGUCUUUUAUGUCUGAAACACGUUCUGCCCAUUUUUUUAGGGCAGGACUUUGGACCUGGGACAGAUAUAUUUUGCCUUGGUGUAUAGCGCCUUAAUGAACAAAACGUGAGCAAAGUUCCUCUCCUGGCAAAUCUUCCUGUGUUGACUGGGGAGAAAAGGGUGUCCAUGUCCUAGUUACUCUACAAAUAUAUUUAUUGUUUUGAGCUGUACAGGGUACACUUGCUCGAUGAAGUCUAAACAGACAAAAAAAAUGCUGAAAAGUUUGCUUUCUUCUUUUUAAGCCUUAAUUUAUUUAAAAUAUAAGUCUUGACCGUUGACUCGAUAUGGUCUUGACAUGCUAGGAAAUAGGCACACUUUAAAAUGAUUUGAAUCUCGCUUUCAUUACAGUUUGUUAAUUUAUAUUUAAGUAGGUCUUUUUCUCUCUUUCGCUUGGUUGUGGGUAGAUUAUUAUGCAGGGAUUGAAUGAUUCUUGUUUUCUUGAGAAUAAAUGUUGCUGUGCCUUUUUUA